AUGGCCACAGAGAGUGAAUUUGUAACUGUGAAGGCAUUCUUGCCCACAGUCCCACUUCCCGCAAAUAGCGAGCGGCCAGAAAUCACAACGGACCGCUUACUCCUCCGCGUCCCCCAAUCAACCGACUUGGAAGCGUUACAUGUCCUACGCACACAAGAAGAAGUCAUGAAAUGGACUAAGGCUGGGUGCAUCGACGAAAGUAUUGAGAAGACCAAGUCCAAACUGGAUCCUUUCCUACCUCCAAACGAUCUUAUCACGGCCAACUAUGUCAUCUGCCUGAAAGAAACGGGCGAACUUAUCGGUAUCGGCGGGUGCCAUAUUUAUCCGGGAACUCAUGGAUGGCCUGAAGUUGGAUACAUGCUUCGGACGGACGCUUGGGGGAAAGGCAUUGCGACGGAGUUUUUGAGUGCCUGGCUACGAUUUUGGUCAGAAUUACCUCGGACAGAGCGGGAGGUCAGAGUUGAGAAAGAAAUGGUCAUUGGAGAAGGUGUAGUGGAUGAGCACCUUAUUGCUAUCACGGAGGCAAGCAAUAGUGGAAGUCAGAGGGUGCUGUUGAAAUGCGGGUUUGAGCGAUUCCGCGAGUUUGUCGAGGUGGAUGGUACCGAGAUCGUGAAUCUUGUUGCUUUCCGUUUCGUUCCAAAGAAAUAG